AUGGCUUCAGCUGAUAAUCCACGUUUACCAUUAACAUCUCGCACCACCCCAGUUGUUAAAUACAUGGAAAUGCGUAAUCAACCACAAUCACCAUCGACUAGUAUUACUAUUACAUCAAUGGCAUCAUCAUCUAGUCGAAAACAAUUAGAAAAUCAAAAUAGUUUAGGAAAAAAUGAAUAUGAACUUCGCCGAAUAUCAUCACGAAAACGACAAAUUGUUAAGAAAACUUUAAUGGCUAAUGUUGGAUAUCGUCUGGGAAAACGAAAAGUUUUACACAUUCGACGUCGAUUUAUUGGCGAUUUAAUGUGUUUUCUAGGUAUAUUGGGUAUUAUUUUAAUGAUAAUUGAAAGUGAAUUAACAUUUACUCGUUUUGAUCAUAAAGAUACAACAUUUAGUUUACUUAUAAAAGCAACAAUAACAUUCACAACAAUGAUCCUUGUUGGUCUUGUUUUUUAUUAUCAUCGUAUUGAUCUAAGUCUUUAUUGUGUUGAUAAUUCCAUUGAUGAUUGGCGUAUUGCAUUAACACAAAAAAAAAUAUUCUUAAUUAUAUUAGAAGCAUUGGUUUGUAUAAUACAUCCAAUACCAGGUCAUUUUCUUGUUGAAUGGAGUUCACAACAUGUUAAAAAAGUUGAAGGUAGUUUUAAUUUUUUUAAUCCAUAUCGAUCUAAUCAAAAUACAUUUACUAAAUCUACAUUAUUAAAUUCAACAAUAAUUUCAACAACAAUUCAAUCAUUAUCAUCAACAACUAAUACAACUGAUUUAGCAAAACCUUAUGUACCAAUUGAUGUUAUACUUAGUUUACCAAUGUUUUUGCGAUUAUAUCUUAUUUGUCGUUUGAUAAUGCUUCGUUCACGUUUGGUUCGUGAUGCUUCAUCACAAUCACUUGGUUAUCUCAAUCGAGUUUCAUUUACAUUUCCUUUUAUUAUUAAAGCCUAUAUUCAACAACGACCAGCAAUAUGUUUAACAACAUUUUGUAUUAGUGCAUUUUUUAUCGCAAGUUGGGCUAUGCGUGCAUGUGAUUUUAGUGAAAAAACAGGGCAUAUGCCAAUGGUUGAUGCAACAUGGUUAUUUAUUAUAUCAUUUACUACAAUUGGUUAUGGAGAUAUCGUACCAUCAACAUAUUGUGGACGAGGCAUAGCUGCUAUAACAGGUAUCAUUGGUGUAUUUUCAACUGCUUUACUUGUUGCUGUUAUUUCACAAAAACUUGAAUUAACAAGAUCAGAAAGAUAUGUACACAAUUUUGUAGCAAAUAUUGAAUUAGCAAAAUCACAUAAAAAUCAAGCAGCUAAUGUUGUUAAAUUUGGCUGGAAAGUUUGGUAUUUAAAACGAAAAGGUAAACAUAUGUUUAUUCAAUAUAUACAAGCACAACGUAAAUUAUUAAAAUCUAUACAUUAUAUGCGUAAAAUAAAACAAGAACAACGUAAAUUAACUGAUAAUUGUGUUACAUUACUUGAAUUAUAUACUGUACAACGUAGUGCAAGUACAGCAGCAGAUGAAACAUCACAAAAAGUUAUUUUAAUGGAACAUAAAAUUGAUACAAUAGAAGAUCAUUUGAUUGAAAUUAAUCAAGGAAUGAUUAAUUUACAAGAUAAAAUAAAUAUUUUAUUAGAUCGAAUUCAACAAAGAUAA